AUGGCGUUUGAACUACUUGGAAGGGUGGCUCACCGAUUUAUUGGUAUAUCCGUAGGUCUGGGGAUGGGAGGACUGCUAAUUUACAAGAGUGCAGCCGAGGUUUUUCCUCGACAAACCUGCAAAGCUAUCACUGGGCUCAGAAAUGAUGAAGAGCCGAAGACCCACGUGAAAGUUCCUGAACGCUGCAAAUUACAGUUUAAUGAGGUGGCGAAGACGUUCGGUUACGAAAAUGUAGAAGAUAUCGUGUUGUUUAUUAACCAAGGAGCUUAUCCAAUUUCGGCUGGAUCUCCUUCUUUACCGAACGGAUCUGUAGUAGGGUUACCGAAAUGGUUUCUGUUUGAGAGCGAGCAAGACGUUGAAAAGUCUGGAAUAAGUUUUAAAGGAAGAGACAUCAAAUGGGAUUCAGAACUUGGAGUUAUGAUCAAGGAAUGUCUAAGUCCAACUGAUGAUAUGAUAGCUUUUGCAAUCGGCCAUGAACUUGCCCGAAUCCAGCGUACAGAUUAUUUGGCUAUUAACGCUGUUCUUGCACCAACGUGGUUGUACUUCACAUUUAGGAUUGCCAAUGCCACUCCACGAUUUUUUAAACUUCGGACAGUACUUGACAUAAUUCUUAAGCUUCUUCUAUGCAGGAUGAGCUACCUUUGUUACAAACUUGUCAAUGGAUAUCUCUAUCACAAUGUAGUUUACACUGCAGACGAAGCAGCUGCUAAAUGUGAUCCUAGAAUGCUCAUAGGAGGUGUAGAUUUUCUCUCCAAGAGAAUUCAGCUCAACUUAAUUCUGCGUAGAUUGCAUGGUAGGGAGGGAAAAGACUACUACACAAAAGAAGGAAAUGAAAUUGAAUCCUAUCUAUAUCCACUCUUGACUGACAGGCUUGAGAAACUGAAAGCUCUUCAAGGCGGCCAGAAUACAGGUAUGAAUUGAUUUCAUGUAUUUCUCCUAGGGAAAAAAGUAAACUGAUUUCCCAAAGGGAGGCCAGAGUAAUAAGUGAUUUGCCAUACUGUCAACUCUUUUUUGGAGUGGCACCCUUUAUUAUGUCUGCUGUAGAGAGAUUUCCACCUCACAUAGAUUCAAAGUGAAUAACUAAAGAAUUGCAGUGAUAAACUCUAAAGUAGUACUGGAAGAAAGUCCUGUCCAGACAUCUGAGGGAAAUAGAUUUUCUCGCUGGUCAGGUAAUUUUUUUCAGACUCACUUGUACAGCUGGCAAGGGUCAACACAAGUCAUCUUGUAACUAUAAAAUCAUUAACCACUUGACAAGCAGGUAAUGACCCUGAAAAAAUGUGAGAGACAAGCAAGAAAUCAAGUUUUUUAGCACCCUUUUAAGAACCCAUUUUAACCCUUUAAGUCCCAAUACUGACCAACAUCAAUUUUCUCCUAACAAUAUACAUAGAUUGUCGAGAGCGAAGUCCAAAAUUAUUAAUAAAAUGAUCACAAAGAGAAAAAUCUUUGAUCUUUUAUCAAAUUCUCUCCACUAACUUUUUAAGGAAAGGUAUGAAGAUCAGUCUGGAGAAUUUGUAUGUAGAUAUUGCAGUUUAAAGGGUUAAGGAGGUCUGCAUGUUCUAGUGAUGUGGGUUAGGAGAGAGUUGACUGUAUUUGACUGUACAGUGUAGUAUUAUAUUGUUUUUACUGUUGGCUACCAGAGUGCAAGGACAUUGCAUGCCUUCCACCAAUGUGGCCUCAGUUUGAGUCCUGCUUGAUGUCAACUGUGAGUUGAGUUUUUAAUUGGUGCUCUUCUCUGCUCCAAAGGGUUUACCUCUGGGUCUCUGGUUUUCCUAGCCUGCGCCACAGAUUAAACAAACUAAACUCUGGUUAAGUCCGUCUGCAAAACGGCACUGAAAUCCUUGUUCUGGGCUCCCACCUGUUUACCACGAUUUUAGUAUGCACCAUGACUGGCCUGGUAAAAAUGAAAUUGUUGAUUUGCCAAUCAGUAUGAAAGGAAAUUCAAAACACAUUUCUGGUUAUUCGUUGAAUCCAUUUGGGGCCAAGAACAAGGAUCUUGGCGCUGCUUUGCAGACGUUUCUAACCUAGGUUAAAUUACAUCUGCGAUGCAGGUUAUGGUUUUCCCUUCUCCUAAAAAAAAAAAAAAAAUUUCCAAAGUCCGUUUGGACAGUGUCUCCAGUUUGUUGGGGUCACUUAGAGAGCCACAGGCUUGAUCAGUUCUAGGAAUUGUCAUGUGUUACCCUCUCUAAAAUAAGACUGGUUACUUAGUUUGUGUUUAUUUGAUUGUCGUAAGUCAACAUUGGCAGUUACGUAAAUGCGGGGUUUCUGAAACAACGCAACGUUACUUUUACACAGGCACCCAAAGUAAACAGUUCAGUCACUUACAUGUAUACCAGGUACCCAGUAUUCCCUGCUUCUGUCCUGACCUUGUUUGCUUGUUGAGUCAUGCUAACAAUAAUAAAUUGUUAUUGUUGAAGCUAGUUUUUACAAUCACAUUAAACCUAACACAGGGAUGUUUACUUGCCUGAUCAUCAUGUAAGUUAUGUCACCAAUGUGUAUAUUUAGAUGGCAUAAUAAACAGGGUAAGAAAAAAAUUUUGAACUCCACUUGUCCAAUGGACAAGUGAAGUUCUGGUUUUACUUGUCCAAAGCUCAAGUCUAGUUGUCCAUGGAUGUAGAGUUAAAUUCAAGCUCUCUGAUGCAUGAUAAUGGCUACGAAGCAGAAACCUUUCUAUUUCGGAACUAAGAUAACAUGGAGCAUUUUAAGUGUCAACAAAACACUCAUAAUGCAUACAAGUAAUAGAAUACCUAUUUACGGUGUUGUUUCUAGAGACUUUAUAUCAGAUACUACUCUGAAUCACUGUCAGAGCUGCUGUCUAUUUGAGGUAACUCAGGCAAGGGAGGGUUGUCACGUUGCUUUUUCUUCUCAUUCACCACGGUGCUUUCUGUAGAAGGUUUUGCCUUUCUCUUUAACUGCUCUACCGGUGCACCAAAAUAGCUUUUGAUGCUUCGUUGAUCAGCCAUUAUUCAUGUGCUGAUAGUGACUUAGAGGGUCUAUUAAUAAAUGAGCAAAUCAAUAGCCCCAAACGAGUCCCAGGUUCCUUUCGGUACUCAUUGAAAUAAAAUGGCAGAUAAAUCGUAAGUGGUCGACUCAUUUCGUUUCUUACUUGUAAGUUACUUUUGCGAAGAGCGAUCUGUUUUACACUUUCGAAAACUUAAAUGUAUACUAAUUUCUCCGCUGAAAAAGUUUAAAACACCUUGUUUUUUUUAAAAAUUAUUUUCUGAGAUUCAUUCACUUGUCCAAAGGACAAGUAAGAUUGACAACCCAUUAAUUGUCCGCGGGCCAAAACCACUUGUCUGGGGCAAGUGGACACCGUCUUUGUCGCACCCUGAAUAAAGCAGUAGCAUAUAAUUUUGGCACUGCCAGCUAAUUCAAAUUGUGAAUCCAACUUGGUGGGAAGGAAAGAUUCUGUGGUAUUUUGUCUAUAGUUUUCUUUUUGCUGGUGCUCUAGUCUGCUGCUUGUGUCAGUAACAGCAUCACACAGUUGAACUUCCAUUAAGUGACCCUCAGGGUACUGACAAGUGGCCACUUAAUGCAGGUUGGCCGCUGAACAGAGGUUUGUCAUAAGUUAGCAUGCAUGUAAUCUUUACCAGAAAAACCCCUUGGUAUUUAUUUUGAAACAAACCUUGCAACGGGAACAGCAUUGCUGGUCUACAAUCAGUCAUCACCUUCUAUUUCAGACUUAAUUUUCCUUUGUCAUAUUCUUAAAAUAAAACCAAACUAAGAGUAUCAAGUGAUUGAUGGCCACUUCAUGGAGAUGAAGACAGUGGAAGAACUCUUGUUGGGACAGCCAAAAGGUGGCCACAGCCACUUAAUAGAGGUUUAACUUCCUAUUCUUUUCUACAAAUUAUUUCAAGACUUUGGUUACUGGCCGCUUAAUGGAGGUUCAACUGUACACUGCAAAGAUACUUCUAGCUUCAAAGCUGCAUAGAGCUGUGAGCACAAUUUUACCUGUUUUGUGGUAUUAACUCAUCAACUCUUAACAUGUCUUCCUUUUUGUAGGGCCUGAGGAUGUGGUUAAUGAACAACUGCCUAUUGUUGCUAACAAGUGA